UUUUUUUUUUUUUUGGUUUUUUUUUUUGAGCUGUCUAUCCCUCCCUGCUCCUUCUCUGUCCCCGCUGCUGGCAUUGCACGAUGGCACAGCUUCGCCCCGCGCUCCCAGCCGGCAGCGCCGAGACGGGAACAGGGUCGGGGGCUGCUGCUCAAGGCCACUCCUCGGUGCCAGGCGGUGGUCCCGGGAGGAAUUUCCUCCCCUGAUCUCGUGGCCACGAGCUUCCCAGGCUGCCGUGGGCAAUCCGGCGCGGCUGCAUGGGCUGUGCCACGCAUGUGCUGCAUGGCCAGCGCCGCUUCCUUGGGGCAUCCCGCUGCUCUCUCCGCUCCGCCGCCCACACGAAGCCCGUCCGCCCCGGGCCGGGCUGCUCCACUCUCCGUGUCCCACCAGAGCUGCGUCCGUAUCCCCCCAAUCCCAUGAUCUCCCACCCCGGUUGGAGCCUGGCUUGGCCCUGGGGUCGCCUCGCUGGAAUGUCACCACCACGGGGGUUCGGCCCCCGCCGCGGCGCUGCGGGGUUCCCCCCUUCCCGCAGCGUCCAGCACGGAGGGGAUGGGACGCCGAGCCCCCGCGGCGCCGCUGCUGGGUGCUGGGCUGGACUGGGAGGGACUGGGGCGCUGGGAUGGGCUGGCUGGCAGCACGUCAGCGGGCGCCAGGGGAUUUGCCUCACGCAGCAGCCUAAUUAUCCCGCAGAGCAGGUCGGCCGGCGUGCUGGGCAGGCGCUGGCGGAGCGGCGGCCGCGGGAGCGGGUGGGCAUCCGGCCCCGGCGAGCCCCCGGGAGGCAGGAUGGUGGCGGCCCGAGCCCCCCGUGCCGCCGGCAGGGCCGAGCCGCGGGCGAGAGGCGGAGGAUCCGGGCGCUGCCCCCGCUGGCUCCCGCCGGAGCGCUCCCUGCGCUGGGGCAUCUUCUCUCUAACUCUCUUCUUUUCCUUCCUCCAAUUUUGCCCCUUCACCUUCUUCUCCUUUCUCUCCUCUCCUCUACCCUUCCUCUCCCUAAGUUUCGAGGACUCCACCCUGUCCACAGCCACUACCCUUGAGUAUAUCCCCACCUCAGCAGGCGAUCCCAAAUUCCAGAGGCCCCGCACGCUCGUGCGCCAGCAAAGUCUGCAGCAGCCCCUGAGCCAGCACCAGCGCGCCAACCACAGCCAGCCCACCACCAGCCAGAGCCUGGGCCACCUCCAGGCCCACAGCGGCUCCUCCGCCGCCGCCGCCAAUUCCCGGGGCUCCCGCGGCGGCCCGGCGCGCCAGGGCACCGCCGCCGGCUCCAAGCAACGGAUGGCCGGGGGCAGGAGCCGCUCCAACCCCGGCAGCUGGGACCACGUGGUGGGGCAAAUCCGCAACCGCGGCUUGGACAUGAAGUCCUUCUUGUUACCGGCCGGUGGGAAGGCUGGGAAUGCGGCACCGGCACCGGGACAGCCGCCGCUCGAUGAGUCCGACCGCAAGACGGAGCCGCACUCCUCCGUCUCCGACCUGGUCAACUCCCUGACCAGCGAGAUGCUCAUGCUCUCCCCGGGCUCCGAGGAUGACGAGGGCCAUGAAGGCGUCAGCCGGGAGAACCUGGGCCGCAUCCAGUUCAGCGUCGGCUACAACUUCCAGGAGUCCACCCUGACCGUGAAGAUCAUGAAGGCGCAGGAGCUGCCAGCCAAGGACUUCAGCGGCACCAGCGACCCCUUCGUCAAGAUCUACCUGCUCCCCGACAAGAAGCACAAGCUGGAGACCAAGGUCAAGAGGAAGAACCUCAACCCACACUGGAAUGAGACUUUCCUCUUCGAAGGGUUCCCCUACGAGAAGGUGGUGCAGCGGGUGCUGUACCUCCAGGUCCUGGACUACGACCGCUUCAGCCGCAAUGAUCCCAUUGGAGAGGUGUCCAUCCCGCUCAACAAGGUGGACCUGACCCAGAUGCAGACCUUCUGGAAGGACCUGAAGCCCUGCAGUGAUGGCAGCGGAAGCCGCGGGGAGCUGCUGCUGUCGUUGUGCUACAAUCCCUCAGCCAAUUCUAUCGUGGUGAACAUCAUCAAGGCACGGAACCUCAAAGCCAUGGAUAUCGGGGGCACCUCAGAUCCCUACGUGAAGGUGUGGCUGAUGUACAAGGACAAGCGGGUGGAGAAGAAGAAGACGGUGGUGAUGAAGAGGUGCCUGAACCCCGUCUUCAACGAGUCCUUCGCCUUCGACAUCCCCACGGAGCGGCUGCGCGAGACCACCAUUGUCAUCACUGUCAUGGACAAGGACAGGCUGAGCCGCAAUGACGUUAUCGGCAAGGUGGGUGACACGUCUGAGGGACACCCAGGUGGGAACUGGGGACAGCCAGGCCCAGGGCUGCCGGCGCCCGGUGCCAUCUCCAGUGUGGAGUGUGGUGUGGGCCCCUUGCGUUGGGUGUCAUGGCCAUAGAGGGACGGAGCUCUCCCAGAAAGGCAGGGAUGGAGGGAUGGAACAUGGGGAGCCACACAGGGAUGGAUCCCAGCCCCUGGGAUUACUCCCGCAGAAUUAGCCAUUAAAUCACCCAGCUCAUCGUUAGCACAGUGAUGACAAACCAGCGCCAUAAUCUCCGCCCAUGAUUCCCAAACGCCGCGCUGGGGUCGGGAAAACACAGCAGUUGGGAUAAAUCCAUUAAAUAAAUCCCUGGAUCAUGGCCGCGGGCUGCCGGGCAGGGGCGGAGGUGGCGGCGUCCCCAUUGUGGGCACAUCCAAGAACUCAAUUCCAGGGAUGGACAGGCAGUGGCCAUGAUAUCCCACUCUCCGUUAAAACCCCGCCCGCUGCCUGAGGCUCGCUAAUCACUUUUGAUCGCAUAAUUAGCAGCGAGCUCUGCUCCAUCCCAGCUCUCCGGCGAUGAUCCGCGGAGCCGGCGCGGUGGCACCGGCUCCCCGAGGUGGCAGCAGCAGCAGCGAGAGCUGGCACACGCGCUUUUCCGCGGUGCCAUAUGGAAAAUCGAGGGAUAAAAAUAGCCCAGAUCCGUGCCGAGCCCGGAAAAGCGGGGCUGGAGCAGUUUGGGGGUGAAGGCAUCAGCGCCGGGCAGCGGGAUGGGGAUGGAGAGGCCGUGGCGGCUCCAGGGAUGCGUUUC